AUGGAGUCUCCUCUGGAGCAAAAUGGGAAAUCCUCCAACUGGUUCUUUGAUUAUACAUUACUUGAUGAUAUUCCUGUCCCCGGCGACGACCUCCCUCCUCUUGAAGCUACCACCUUUCGCUGGACCCAACCCCAUAACGAUUUCGUCCCUCCUAACCCUCUCAGUGUGGAAUUUGAUGACUCGUUCGGAAAUUCUGAUGGUUUGAAGGAGUUGGGCUCGAGGAAGAGGAUGAGGUCUGGAACUUGUAGUGGAUCUGAUUCCAAAGCCCACAAGGAGAAAAUCCGUAGGGACAAGUUGAACGACAGGUUCCAAGAAUUAAGUUCUAUCCUAGAACCUGGAAGGCCACCUAAAAUGGAUAAGGCUGUCAUAUUGAGUGAUGCUGUUCACGCGGUGAUUCAAAUGCGGGAAGAAGCCCAGAUGCUGAAAGAAUCAUACGAAAGUUUGCAAGAGAAGGUUAAUGAACUGAAGGCCGAGAAAAAUGAGCUCCGAGGCGAGAAGUUGAAGCUGAAAACAGAGAAAGAGAAACUUGAGCUACAGGUGAAAGCAUUGAACACCCCGCCAACAGGGUUUUUACCUCGCCCCCAUCCAAUUCCCAUGCCAUUUGCAGCCUCACCUCCAGUUGUUGGCAGCAAGUUGGUGCCGUUUGUUGGAUACCCUGGAAUUCCAAUGUGGCGAUUCAUGCCACCUACUGCUAUUGAUUCUUCAGAGGAUGAAGCUCUUCCCCCAGUUGCUUGA